GUGAAGGUCGCGGCGCGGCGGUACCGGUAAUACUGGUGGCACCGGUAGUGGGAUGGACGCGCCGUCCGCUGCCGGGCUGGGCGGUGCCGACCCCCAGCUACAGCGCUUCAUCGAGGUGGAGACGCAGAAGCAGCGCUUCCAGCAGCUGGUGCACCAGAUGACCGAGCUCUGCUGGGAAAAGUGCAUGGACAAGCCGGGUCCGAAGCUGGACAGCCGGGCCGAGACGUGCUUUGUGAACUGCGUGGAGCGCUUCAUCGACACCAGCCAGUUCAUCCUGAACCGGCUGGAGCAGACGCAGAAGUCCAAGUCGGCCUUCUCAGAGAGCCUGUCCGACUGAGUGGGAUCCGCGCCCUGGGAGACGCCGGCCAGCCCCCCACGAGGCCGAGCCCUCCGUUGCGCCGGUUCCCGGUCACUCUGCUGCCUGAAUGAGCCAGGAUCAGGUCUGGGGUUUAGGAUUUAAUUAAAUGCCAGUCUCGGGGAAGUUGCAGCCAGAUGAGAGCCCACGACAGAGACACGGUCACUCCUCCUUGGGGUGACAUGCUGCUCCCAGCCCCGUGGGCCAGCAGCCGUCUUUGUGCUGGGACUCUGGGGCUACCGAUGCUACGCAGGGAGCAUUUGGAUCGCACCCGCUCCACUGAACGGAGGGGUGGUGAUGCUCGCGUCAGGGGCUGCUGUGAAUCUCAGCUCUAGGCGAGGCCAGCCUGUGACCGCUGCCUUAAACAGUGCUGCACAAAACGAACCCUCCUGGGUAGAUGCUAACAAGCCCUGCAGGCACCAUCGCUAUGCAGUCCGGUACAGGUACCCUUAGCGACAAGGGCAUGUUGGGCACAAUGCUGAUCCCAGGCAGCAUCACUACUGGAAAAUACUUUCAGGCUUCCAUAGGUAAAUCAUUCGUGUGGCCAAGUGACAAAUUUUCAAAUUGCAGCACAACUCUGUCAAUACUGACUUGCUCCAUUAACUACUUUCCCCUGGUCAAUGCAAUAAAUAGUAACUGGGUCAAUUUUUAA